AUGGCGGCGCUCAACAUCCGCAGCCUCGCCGGUGCCGUCCAGCCUUCCCGAGGUGGAAAGCGCGCGGCCUCUCCGAAUGGAUCUCACAAACGCCGUGCCGAGAACUCCGAAGACGACGACUUCAUCCCCUGCGACGACGAAGCGCGAGGCACUCCGAAGGGCGCAUCCGCGGGAGCGUCCAACACCCGCCCGCGCCGGAAAGCCGUUGCGCCCAAGAGGCUCAGCCCGACUUUCGGCGGCGCGCGCUCAUAUUCGAAGGAGGAGCCCGAGGAUGAGGAAGAUCCCGAGGACGAGGAGGAGCCCGAGCACGAUGAGGACGCAGAGUGCCUCUACUGCGGCGAGUCCGAGUUCCCCGAAGGCGACGACUUCAUCCUCUGCGACAUGUGCAACAAAGGUGGGCACGUCCGCGCUUGCGUCGGUUUGAGCGAGGUGCCCACGGGAAGCUGGUACUGCAGUGACGACUGCCUCCACAAGUCUGUUGCCAUUCCCAGCCUCAAGUACCGCUCCGCCAAUUCGCAAUCUGCUACCGUCCCCGGCCUCAAGUACAUUCGCUUUUAUAAGCAAACUGGGCGAUACGGGGCGUCGAUAAAAGUCGCAAAAGGCCACCGCAAAGGCCUCGGUGGCUUCGACACGGUGCCCGAAGCCGUGGCCGCCUACAACGAGGUGGCCGUAGAUCACGGCAUCGCGACGCAGCAGGUUCCUUCCGAGUACGUCGUCUCACCGGAGCCCAAACCGGAGCCCGACCCGGAGCCCGAACUGGAGCCCGAACUGGAGCCCGAACUGGAGCCCGAACUGGAGCCCGAACUGGAGCCCGAACUGGAGCCCGAACUGGAGCCCGAACUGGAGCCCGACCCGGAGCCCGACCCGGUGCCCGACCCGGAGCCCGAACCGGAGCCCGACCCGGAGCCCAAGCUCCCCGCGGGUUACGUCGCCGUAGACGUAUCCUCUCUCGAUUGCACGGUCCGCUUCGGACCGAUGUCGUGCCCGUUCUGCGACAAAGCGUACAAGGGCGUCAGGGGGGUCAAGAGGCACCUGACCUCGUGCCAAGCCGCGAUCGACGCCGGCCUCGACAAAGCCGCGGUUCCCGAGGGCUUCGUCGUGGCCAAGGUGGCCGCCGAUGGCUCGACGGGCUUUUUGGUUCCUGAGGGCUUCGUCGUGGCCAAGGUGGCCGCCGACGACUGCACGGGUUUGAAGAGGAAGGCGAACGAGGCGGGCUUCGAAGAAAUUCCCGCUCGUCGAGUCUCGACCCGCCGCGCCCCCGCGCCUCUCAUCCUCGCAAAACCCGAGCUCGCGACCGAUGGGGACAAAGGGGAACGUCGCGUCGUGACGAGCGCCGCGGACGUUGGGGACGCCGAAGAGUUGCGAAUGCUUCGCGAGAGGCUCGCCGCGCAGGAGCGGCGAAACAGGGAAAUGCGGGAAAUCAACCUCCUGGCCUUUGAGCUGACGAAGCGGGUCAUGGCGAUGUCGGCGGAGGGCGACGGCGGCGCGACGCGGUGA